AUGUCUGCCGUCUACUCGAUCUACACUUCGCCCAACCAUGCUCCCAUCCCUAACCAUCUGCCCACGCUCAUCGUCACACCCUACGGUCAACCUCACCACACUCUCUACUCUUACAUUCACACUUCCUUCAACCGCGAGACGUACCUCUUGACCCCAUCCCCUCAAGGUGACCUAUGCGUUGCCAAGAUGGUCCCUCCCCCCGGGUCUCGGGGUCCAGGAGGUCCAGGUCACUCGGAUCCAGGUCACGGAGCAGAUCCUCAUAGAGAUCGAUCAGUGCGCUGCGAAGCUUCAAGGAACCUCAAGUGGUCCAUCACCAACACAGGUAUCCACGCUCCUGUCUACAAGCUGACGCUACCCAAUCCAGAUGUGCCCGGUAGCGAGCAGCCUUUGUUUCAAAUCAGCAAACCCAACCCCAACGCUACGUGGUGGACCUUGUUCUACUUUACCUACGCCGGUCAUCUCAUCCCACCCAAGCGCAUCGAAUUUGGCAAGAUUCAAAAGAAUGCAGCGUCCGGCAGCAGCAGUAGCGGUGGUGGUGGUACGCGAGUCAGCAUCACUGGCAAGUCCCCCGAGGAGAAGGCUGUUUGGCAGACUCUGGGAGAGGGCAACGAGGAUAUGGUCGAGUGGAUUGUGCUUUGCGCUGCGCUCAACGUGCUGGACGAAGAGAUCAUCAAGGCUGCUGAAAAGUCGGGCCUGACCAGACCUCAGGGUGGAGGAGCUGGAGGCGGUGCGCCUGCAAGGGCUGUUCCCUCAAGCAGACCAGGUCCUACACUAUCUCAACGACCUGGCCCGGCGCCUGCUCCAUUCCAGAACCAAGGAGGACGAAGCAACAGCGUACCUGGUCAUGGAGGAGGUCCUCCGGACCCAAGAGGGUACGCCCAACAUCAACAGCAGCAGCAACAUUACGCUCAGAGACCUCCACCACCGCAAGGCUAUCCUCAGGGUGGAGGAGGAGGAGGAAGAGGAGCGCCGAUGUCUCAUGGUCAGCAGCAACCGCAAAGCUACGGUCCAGGUCCUCAAGCCGGCGGGUAUGGAAGACCACCGCCACAGCAACAGCAAGGCGGUGGAGCGGGUGGCUACGGUCAAAGAGGCCCACCACCUCCUCAGUCCGCUGGUAAUGGAAGGCAUUUUUAA